UCUUUAUUAUAGAAGUCAUUUACAGGCGGAAAGGAGACAGGACACCCGCAGGAGCCCGGAGUUACCUCUCCUUCUCUUUUACUGUUUUUUAAGCGAACCCAACUUGCAGCCACGACCCCCGAUCACGCACGACAUUUCAUUGUAAGUGUCUGCGACUGGCAGGUUAUUCUCCCCGAGGCGUUUCUUUUUAGAAAACAACCAAAACGGAGCCAAACGAGGACGACGGACAACGACCCUCCCUCACUUCUGCAAUCAUGAUGUCGAUGAACAGCAAACAACCUUUCAGUAUGCACCCCAUACUCCACGAGCCGAAAUACACUCCACUGCACUCCAGCUCGGAGGCCAUCCGCAGGGCCUGCCUGCCCACACCAUCGCUUCAGGGCAACAUCUUCGCCGGCUUUGAUGAGACUUUGCUGCAGAGAGCCGAGGCUCUGGCCGCUGUGGACAUUGUGGCCCAGAAGAGUCAUCCGUUCAAACCAGACGCGACCUACCACACCAUGACCACCAUGACCAGCAUGACCUGCACCCCGACCUCCUCCUCCGCGCACCUGCACCACCCGUCGGUGCUCAGCUCCCACCACCACCACCACCCGGCGCACCACCAGCCGUCACAGGGCCUGGAGGGUGACCUGCUGGACCACCUCACACCGGGCAUCUCUUUGGGAGGCAUGGCCGGCUCGGACGUCUGCUCCUCGGCCUCGCACACCGCCCACGCAGCCCACAUGUCGGCCAUCAACCACAUGCAGCACCACCAUCACUCACAGUCCAUGAACAUGCACCCACACGGGCUGGGGUCCCACAGCUCCUUGGGGACUGGCUUAGACUCGGAGCCCGAUCCUCGGGAACUGGAGUCGUUCGCCGAGAGGUUCAAACAAAGGAGGAUCAAACUCGGGGUGACCCAGGCGGACGUUGGCGCGGCCCUGGCCAACCUUAAGAUCCCCGGGGUCGGGUGUCUGAGCCAGAGUACCAUCUGCAGGUUCGAGUCCCUGACGCUGUCGCACAACAACAUGGUAGCCCUUAAGCCGAUCCUGGAGGCCUGGUUGGAGGAGGCGGAGCGGGCGCAGAGGGAGAAGAUGGCCAAGCCGGAGAUCUUCAACGGGGGCGAUAAAAAGAGGAAACGAACGUCCAUCGCCGCCCCCGAGAAGCGCUCCCUGGAGGCUUAUUUCGCCGUGCAGCCGAGGCCCUCGUCGGAGAAGAUCGCCGCAAUCGCUGAGAAACUGGACCUGAAAAAGAACGUGGUCCGGGUUUGGUUUUGCAAUCAGAGGCAAAAGCAGAAACGGAUGAAGUUUUCUGCGACGCACUAAGACCAGCGUGGGGAAACCUGCGGGUCUCUGCCCCGUUUACAAAAAGACAAAUCAGAGACAAGCUGCUGCUGCACACUGUCAGAAAAAAACAAGGUACACCGUUGUGCCUUUGGUUACUGGGGCUGGACCCGUUCCACACACAGCCAGAUUAUCCAUCCCAACAAGUCAUCCAGUCUCUCACCGAGUCUUAAGAUAAAAGUUUAGUCAUCUAUAACCAUUAAGUGAUUUCUUUGCGUUCAAAUGAGACUGCAUCGAAAAUGUAAGAAGCUGCACCACCUCAUUGGCUGAAUUCGUUAUUUAUUGAAGAAGAAAAAAAAAACAAAUUUUCUGACUAAAAUAUGGACUAAAUGUCUUAAGAAUCAUUACAGUGUUGUCCACCUUGUAAAGGAGCAGCAUUCACAGCCGUGUUUAUUUUUAUUUUUAUUUUUUUUCUUGCACCAGUGCCUGAAAUCCAGAUGUGGAAACGAUUUCACAGAAAGUAUUCAACACAGGCAGCAACUUAUCUUGCUUCUGAAGCGGCAACAAAAAAACAACAACAACCCUGGAGCCAUUUAGCUGUAUUUCUAGAGGCGCUGAGAGGUUUGGAUGCGGGACACCUGAUGACUAUUCUCCACUCAGUAUGCAGGAACUGUUUUUUUUUUUAUUAUUAUUGCUUUUUGGAAGGUUCAGCCUCAUGCAGCUGCAAAAAACAACUGGAUUCAACGGUGUACCUUUUUUUGAUUCUGACAGCGGAGACGGAGCACCGGGACUGGGAGAAAAAGACUGAGACCCCGGUCCAAAAACUCGAGACUCUCAAAUCUUUUAUGCUUCUGCACAGAAGAGGCCGAUGCUCUCCGAGAUGUGGGAGGAAGUGAUCACCAUCGUGGCGGAAAAAGAUUGGGUUGGGGGGUGGGGGGAACAAUGCUCCGUCCCACUUAAUUCUUAUGGCAAUUAUUGUACAAAAAAUAAGCAGAAUAAUGAUCGAGGAAUAAUUGAUAUUAUCCUCCUUAGUCGGAAUAGCUUUUUUAUAUUUAUCAUUGUACAUAUUUGUGAAUAUGUUGCACCUCCGUGUGUGGAAAAGCUCAUUGAAAUGUAUUGAAUUUUCGCUGUCUUUUCUCCCAGGUGUUCGUUUCUGUAGGGAAUUCAAUAGUUUUUGGGGAAUAGAUCGGACAAAAAGGAAUACCAGUGUCGGUCUGUGGCGACUUUAUGAGGCACAAUAACUGUAACCCAUUGCAUGGUUUACUCGUAAAGGGGGGAGAGGGGUGUUUUCUGUGCGUUUUAUGGCUCCAAAAAUAUGAAAAUAACCCCCCCCAAGUGAAUGCAUUGCAAUAAGAAGAAACACACACACACACACAAACACACGCACGAACACACACAUUCACACGGUAUAGCUGUGUGGCUACCUCAUUACGCAAGUGUUGGCACGUUCAUGGUGAUUUUAAAAAAACACACACGCUAAAAAAAAAAAAAAAAAGACGAGUAUAGGAUCAUUUUUGGUUUGUUUUUUAAUGUGUUUUUAUUUUCUUUGUGUUCCUCUUCCACCGAUUUAAUGGUGAAUUAGGCCUAGAAGACUCACUGAUGUGUAAACCUGUUGUAUGUUCAAGUUCACUGCAAUGAUGCUUUGACAAUCAAAUUAUUAUUAUUAUUAUUAUUAUUAAGUUGUUGAUCUCCCCCUUUUGUGUCCUCAUGAAAAUGAAUAUUUUGCUUAUUAUUAUUAUUAUUAUUAUUAUUAUUAUUAUUAUUAUCACUGACACCUUUGUGGAGCGCACUUUGUAGAUAUUCUGACGAGGGGAAAUAGUCGGCCUUAUUUAUACAUAUUUUUUCAACACUUAACACUUGAAACGUUAAGUUUUGUUUUAUUUUCUUUAUGUUGCCCUUAUUUAUUUGAACUUAAUUUAUUUUGGAGAAAAAAAAUACAUAUUUCAUUUGUGAAAGUGUGCUUUAAAUGUGUCUGUGUAAGCGACAGAAGCUGAAAUAAACCGUGCACGUUUUACUUCA